GCUCUUCUACUUCUGAAUUUGCUUCCUUUUGGAUUCAGCAUUCUAUCCACAUGGCUUCUUCUCCACCCUCAGAAAGCAAAAAACUAGAGGUAGUAGUUGGUGAUAUUGGGGAGAAACCCAUUCCACUUCAUGAAAACGUUCUACAGAAGCAUGCUGCAUUCUUUGAUUUGAAUAAAGAUGGUGUUAUUUACCCAUGGGAGACUUAUAAAGGGCUGCGUGAAAUCGGAAGUGGGGUCUUGUUGUCCACUGGUGUUGCUCUUUUCAUCAAUUUGGGUCUCAGUCAGAGCACUCGCCCUGGAAAGUUUCCAUCUCUACUUUUUCCAAUUGAAGUUAAGAAUAUCCAACUCGCGAAACAUGGCAGUGACACCGGAGUCUAUGAUACCGAAGGAAGGUUUGUUCCUUCAAAAUUUGAAGAAAUUUUCACCAAACAUGCACAUACACAUCCAAAUGCUUUAACAUAUGAUGAGCUGAAGGAGAUGUUAAAGGCAAACAGAGAGCCUAAAGAUAUAAAAGGAAGGAUUGGUAGCAUGGCUGAAUGGAAACUCCUUUUCAAACUUGCCAAAGACAAGAGUGGCUUGCUGCAGAAAGAAACAAUCCGAGGUGUUUAUGAUGGAAGCUUGUUUGAAUUACUGAAAAUACAACACUCCGCAGACAAAAAGAAGUAAUUCAACCUUGAUUUUAUCAUAGUUUAUUUGUAUAGAAAAAUAUGUAAA